AUGUGGUCUGUGAUACCCAUCGUAUUAUUCUCCCUCGUGGCAUCCGCCUCCCCGGUGGACCACAGCCUCACCCGACGCGACUUUUGCGACGGAGUCGAUGCCAUGCCUGUCCUCUACCACGAAUACGGCAGCGACAAAUGCAAGCCCAAGUACUCGUUGAGCGAUGACGGCGUCUGCCGCCACACCUCGUUCGAGGCGAACCGCUGCGCGGCCUUCUGCCAAGUGCGCACCAACUUCUUCUACGGCCAGGAGCAGCCCUUCGUCAACACCUUCUGCCAUGGCCCCGAGACCUGCACCAUCACGUCAACGCACACCCGCACUGUCGGCUGGUCCCUCAGCAUCACCCCACAAAUCCAGAACGCGCUGAAAGUGGGCGUCUCCGGCGGCUUUUCGGGGAGCUCGGGGGAUGCCGUUGCGCAUUCCUACUCGAUCAAGCUGGAGAGCGGCCAGUGUGGAUAUUUUACCUUCGUGCCGGUGGUCAAGAGCGUUUGCGGAUCGCUCUCCACCCAGAGCCAACGCGUCAUGUUUUCCCCUUGGCCCGUUCAUUGGUGCAUCAACGAUUACAAAACCACCGGCAACGUGUGCGGGGACGAGCUGCGCCUCAACCCGGACGGGAGCGUCGACGGCGAGACCAUCUUCGUGCGCACCAAUUGCGAGAACCGCAUGCCACUCCCCGCCAAGGAACAGGACGCUGUCUACCAGAAGCCGGGCGUGCCCAUGGACCGCGGAACGCAGGAGGCCUGGGCCAAGGCGUGGGGCAAUGGAGACCUGACGGCCGCAAACGAGGACACAGCGGUGAAAUGCGAGACGAGCGACGGGUCCGCAAAGAUCGAGGACUGCAGGCACGCGUUCCUCUCGCUGCUGAAGUAUCCUGACAUGGAGGCUCAAACGGGGAAGAAGGGGAAAAACUUUUGGCUUGGGUAUGUCCACUCGUGCGCCGUUGCUCUGGAGUACGACUCGGACUGGGACGAGGGUUCCUGUGGCAUCACGCGCGGUGAUGCCGCCAUGGCUGCGUACACCAUCUCCGACAAGUGCUCGGAUCAUGGCAAGGGGCUGGUUGGCGGGAGCCGCAAGUUCGGCAAGGACAAGUGCCAGGCUAAAUUGAGAAUUGUUCACACGGAGGGGUUACCUCCUAGUCCUUCUUGA